AUGCUCUGGUGCUUGGUGGACAGACAGGCGUCGUUUUGGCCAAAGACCAAGCCUGACUACUCCACUGGAGAGCGAGUACGCAUUGGGCCACCCCUCCAUACCGCAAAGAUGUGUUUAUUUAUUUGCCCAGAUCCCCUGGGGCGACUGCGUGCCCUCCGCUCUGCCACUGAGGUCAGGUGCCUGGCUGCUCGGUCGGAGAGCGAGUACGCAUUGGGCCACCCCUCCAUACCGCAAAGAUGUGUUUAUUUAUUUGCCCAGAUCCCCUGGGGCGGUGUGUGUGCCCUCCACUCUGCCACUGAGCAAGACGGCAUUAGUUUGUCCAAUGAGUUGGUUGGGGUCAAAUUGGGCGACUUCGGUAGCCAAGACAGUAUCGAAUUGGGCGUUAACCCUGCCAGGUGCCUCCAGCAAGACCCCUGUGUGGCUGUUCCUUCCUCCAGCCCAGUUACUGGGUUGUCAAAGCAAGCCAGAUUGUGGAACCCCGCACACCUCACGGCGUGGACCACUGAAGGGGGUUCCAGGGGGGCAAAGUGCCUUUCGCCGACACCUGCCGCCGUCGCCACCGCCACCGCAUUCGACGGUGUUAUCAUAAGCACCGUCGAGCGUAAUGCCAGGCGGUCACGCCCAAUGUUUACUCUGGUAACACCGACUGCCUCACCAAUCGACGCGACACUGUAA